AUGUCGACUUCUUCUUCCUUCCCUUCUUUCCCUCGCACUAUCGUCUCCUACACUCUCACAACCUCCAUCUUCGUCGUUUUCUUCCUUUGCAGUGUCUUCCUCUUCACUAAGCACACUCUCGAACCUUCUCUCUCUCCUUACCACACCGACAUCCCUCUCUCCGCCGCCGAUCUACACCCUCCCACGCUCCUCCUCCCUCAAAUCGAUUCCGUCUCUCCCAACGAAACGCCUCACGAUGCCGAUGGUGACGUCACCGUAGAAACAGAUCCAAAGGAGGAAGGAGGAGAUUCGCGCGGCGAUGACAAAGCCGUGGAAGUUUCACGCACGGCGAAAACCGAGGUGGAAGAAGGUGGAGGAGGCGAAGUUUCAGUGUCUGUCGAGAGUAAGGAGGAAAGCAAUGCCGAAUCGGAGGUGGUUGAGAAGAUGAGAGGAUGCGAUUUGUACAAGGGGUCGUGGGUUAAAGAUGAUGAGUAUCCAUUGUAUCAGCCUGGAUCGUGUCCAUAUGUUGACGAAGCUUUUGAUUGCCAGAGAAACGGGAGGCGCGAUUCCGACUAUCUCAAUUGGAAAUGGAAGCCUGACGGUUGUGACCUUCCACGGUUUAAUGCUACAGACUUCUUGGUCAAGCUACGAGGUAAAAGUUUGAUGUUGGUUGGAGACUCAAUGAAUCGUAACCAGUUUGAAUCAAUGCUCUGUGUCCUCCGAGAGGGUUUAUCUGAUAAAAGUAGAAUGUACGAGGUUCAUGGCCACAAUAUAACAAAGGGAAGAGGCUACUUCGUAUUCAAGUUUGAAGAUUACAAUUGCACAGUAGAGUUUGUGAGGUCACAUUUUCUUGUGAGGGAAGGAGUUAGAGCAAAUGCUCAAGGAAAUACUAAUCCAACCCUUUCGAUUGAUCGCAUUGACAAGACACAUGCUCGAUGGAAGCGAGCUAACAUUCUUGUCUUCAACACUGGACAUUGGUGGGUUCAUGGGAAGACCGCCAGAGGGAAAAACUACUACAAAGAAGGUGACUACAUCUACCCGAAAUUUGAUGCAACUGAAGCAUAUAGAAGGGCGUUGAAGACUUGGGCGAAAUGGAUCGAUGAGAAUGUUAAUCCAAAAAAGCAACUUGUAUUUUAUCGCGGAUACUCCUCUGCCCAUUUUCGGGGAGGCGAGUGGGACUCGGGAGGGUCAUGCAACGGGGAGGUGGAGCCGGUAAAGAAAGGUUCAAUCCUUGAUUCCUAUCCUUUGAAAAUGAAGAUAGUAGAGGAAGCCAUAAAACAGAUGCAAAUACCUGUGAUUCUUCUAAACGUGACAAAGCUGACUAAUUUUCGCAAAGACGGACAUCCUUCAAUCUAUGGUAAGACCAACACGGAUGGUAAAAAGGUGUCGACAAGGCGACAGGAUUGCAGCCACUGGUGUCUGCCGGGAGUUCCUGAUGUUUGGAACCAUCUUAUCUACGCAUCGUUGCUCCUUCAACCACAUCCCUAA